AUGUCAGCUCCAGAUCCCACUCAGCCAGUAGCGUCUUCAAGCUCGACAUCUCCAACAGCCCCUCCUCCCCCUGAACAACAACAAGCUCACGGACCCUUACCUCCCCCUCCAUCCCGAUCAACCAACCCAGCCGAACGAUCACUCCCCACAACAUCAGAAGAGAUCAGACAGCUCAUCCUACAGACCAACUCACUACAAUACGUUCACGAAUUUCUCGUACCCACUUUACAAGAUGUGGCAGAUGGCAAGGCAGGUCCGCAGUACGUCAAAGGAGUCAAACUCAAAGAUAAACAUAAAAUGGAGCAUAGUGAAUCCUUGUUGACUUGCGGAGAGGGCGAAGAGGUGUAUAACCUUCCCGAUGAGAGUAUAGUGAGGAUGGCAGCCGGAUUGAGCUAUAUAGUCUCUGCAAGGCUCGAAGUAUUCAACAACACAGCAUCACUGUAUAAUGAUCAAUUACUUAAUUUCGCCAUUAGGUUAUGUAGUUUGGGUGAUGCUCAGCAAUUCUACCUGAUACCAAAAAGAGUCGCUCAACUAUCCUGGGGCAUACUCAGAUUAUCACAACAUCUGAAGAAAGUACCAUUAUCUGUCCCAGCUAUAGCAGCACUCGUUCAGAAAUCCUCUGCACCAGGUUAUUUCUCUCCGAUUUACGCUGCAUACCUAGAAGCGUGUUUGAUAUCUAGGCAGUUCCAAGCUGGUUUAUUAGUCUCAGAUCAGGUUUUCUUACACGUUAGAUCGGCAGGAGCGACUUAUCUUGAUGUAUUGACAUAUUAUCAUCAUGCGGGAUUGAUAUCAGCAGCUUUGAAGGAUUACAACAAGGCGAAACAGUAUUUUGCGAUCGCCGUCUCAUUACCUACUACAACCACUUCUGCUAUUCAAUUGUCAUGCGCUAAGAGAGCUAUCCUCUGCGAACUGCUUGAUACCGGUAAACGUACCUCUUUCCCUCGAUACACGGCGAGUACAGUCACUCGAGCGAUCGAGAAGCACGCGGGGGUCUACAACGAUCUGGCGAGGGAAUACGAAGCUUCAAGGUGGGAUGAGGUGAGAGGUAUAGCUGGUAAAGCUGAAUUUGCGAAUGACUGCAAUAUAGGCUUGAUUGAACAAGUUCUCAAGAGUGUAACCAAACGACGUAUCUUACAGCUUAAAGAGAUUUACUCCCGAUUGACAAUUAACGAUCUAGUAAUCAAGAUUGGUCAAAGUAGUAAAGAGACUGUCGAGACCAUCACAGCGAUCUUGGGGGAGAUGAUCACUUCUGGUCAAAUAAACGCUACUGUAGCGCCUGGAUCUACCCCUGCCAAUUCAAUCGUCAUAUUCAUCGAUGAAUCUAACACGACUAACAAUCCCACGUCGAGUGGUACCAACAACGACAAUAGCAAUAGCAAUUUGGCCAAGGUGAACUACUUGGCUAGUCAGUUGGAAUUCGAGUUAGUAGAGAUGAGUAGGAACUUAGGAAUCAGUAAAGAAUAUCUCAAGAAGCAAGCAAACUUGCUCGAAUCGGGUGCGGGGAAAGGUAAAUCGGGUGGACUUUCAGGCGGAGGGGGUAGAACAGACGAUUUCGAUACGUUGAUGGCUGCUGAGGAGCUAGCAGGUGUAGGUAGUGGGAUGGGGAUGGGCGUGAGAGGUGUAGGUGGGAAUUAUGGUGAUAUGGGAUUCUAA